GUGUCUUGUCGCUUGUUGAAUUAUGAAACAUUACGGUGGGUUUGAAAAGGACUGUUGAGAAGCCAGGCUGGGGGUCUAAUGUUAACAGUUGCUCGGGAAUGUAGAAAUAAGUAGGUAUCUACAAGACAGAGGGGGCUACUCAGCUUUCAACCACACAGGCGUUUGAAAGUCAGAGAUCAUGUCAGCUAUCAAGAUUGCCCUGCAGCAGAGCAAGAAGAGGGAGAGAAGGAAAACCUCUGAAGCAAUGUCUGAAGAUGUGUCACCAGACUCCAAGUGUCCCAUCUGUUUGGACAUAUUUAACAACAUUUCUUACCUGGACCUAUGCCUGCACAAGUUCUGUUUCCGUUGUAUUCAUGAAUGGUCCAAGAACAAAGCUGAGUGCCCUCUCUGCAAACAGCCAUUCAAUUCAAUAUAUCACAGCAUAAAGUCAGAGCAAGACUUUAAGAAGUAUGACCUGAAGCCACUGGAAAAUGGCUCCUUUGGGACUUUUGAGGGAGUGCGGUUUAGAUACCGCACAACUCUUACUGGGGUACAUCGACAGAUGCGGGGAAGGACCUCUCCACUUCCCGACAAUGGAGUAAUGUUUGAAGCCUCAGCAAACCCUCCCCAACAUCGGCAGGACCGAUACAUCAGGCGCAUGAUGAUGAGGUUGGCAGCCAAGAGGAGAGCUGCAAGUGAAGGCAAGACAGUGAACAAUGUCAGAGAGCAAGAAAUGGUUAACUUCAGGAGGGAACUGUACCGACGAGGUGUGAGAGUUCGGAGUGUUCGGGAUGGUGGCCGCUCCCGAGACACCUCAGCUGAGUUCUACCGAAGAAAUCCUGCCUGCCUCCAUAGACUUGUCCCCUGGCUAAAAAGAGAACUUGUGGUACUAUAUGGGACUCAUGGCUCUUUGGUCAACAUAGUUCAACACAUCAUCAUGUCACGCAUUACACGUUAUGAUAUGGAGGAGGGAGCUAUCCAGGAAGAGCUCAGGCCGUUCCUCCAGGGGCGCACAGAGCACUUUCUGCAUGAGUUCAUCAGCUUUGCAAAGUCCCCCUUCAAUAUGGAAGCCUAUGACCAGCAUGCUGUCUAUGACUGUCCAGCCCCUUCUUCCAAUGAAGACAGCAGCUCCAACUCAUCUGUAAUAGCUAUCUCAGAGGAUGAGGAUAACUCUGUGGAAAUGGACCCUCCAGGAGACUCGUCUACUCUGAGUCACUCUGUGUGGGAUGAUGAGACGCCUGGACCAUCAUAUUCUACAUCAGCAGAGCAGAGCAGGGCAGAAAGGCUGUCAGUCCCUGACUCAGACACAGACAGCAGUUUAGAGGAGGAGACACAAGAGUUUGGGAUUUCUCCACAGCAAAUGAGUCCUCAUAACCAAACAGACUUGACUCAGGGUGAUGUUAACAACGAGGAGUGUUUGUCCUCGGAUACUGAUGACUGUUUAAUUGUGGGUUUUGUUAAGCCAACAGCAGAGAGGACUCCUGAGCUGGUCCAGCUUUCCUCUGACUCCGAUGAGUCUGCAAGUGAAGAUACUAAAGAAGUGCCUCAUCUACCUCAACACAUCCGCUUCACCAGUCUCAGUCCUCCAGCUUCACAGAGUGGUGAUCUUUGUGAUGCUGGACGUUCAGAAAAUGUAGAAACUGACCACUAUUGUCAGUCAGAUUCAAAAGAAAGAUGCAGAUCUUUAACAUCUAGCAGACACAAGACAUCCAGUAAGUCUGAGAGACAGUACAGAGAUCGCUAUGACGGAGAUAGAAGAUAUGACUGUAAUAAUAGAUCUAGGGAGAGGCACUGGUCAAGGGACAGAGAUCACAGGAGAAGGAGGAGGUCAAGAAGUGCAGAGCGCAGGCACUCUAGCAGGAGCCCAGUGAUCUCUCAAAGCAGUGGAAGCAGUCUCUCUAGAGAAAGAGGUUAUUCUUACUCUAGUAGCAGAGACUUCACCUACUCAAAAUGUGACAGCAAAUAUAAAAGAAGGGACGGUAAUUUUAGCCAUAACACGCCACCGCACAGCUAUCAGUCAUAUAGCCAUUAUAGCCAAGAAAGAGACGAUAGUGGGAUGCAUUACACAGAGAGACGGUCCUACUAUUACAGUAGCCGAAAGUACUCUGAUCGACACUCCUACUCUCGCUCCAGGAGCCGCAGUAGGGAAUCGUACCGUCAAGACGGGAGGCGUUCUCGAUCGAGAACUUACUCGAGCAGUCGCUCCCCCUCAACGAAAAGGAGACCUCAUCAUGACAAGCCUGGUGGGAAGAGAAAAUACAAAACAAGGCAUUUGGAGGAACCUUCCAAAAACACACUUUCCAGUUCACACCCUGAAGGUGACUCCUCAAUAAUACAAACAAAACACAAUAAAAGGAGCAAAGAGAAGCAUCAUAAAAAGUCCAAGGAGAGGCCACGGAAGGGGAGCAGAAGCCUCAGUGUGGAGCUUGUCAAAGAGGAAAAUUCUUCUGAACGAAGCAAACGUCACCAUAAGAAAAAGAAGAAACACAAGAAGAAAAGCAAAAGGCAUAAGAGUAACGAACGCACAGAGAAGCGUUCACCCACCGUCAUUACCAUUGAUAGUGACACUGAUGAUUUUGCUAAUGACAGUGUCACCCAGGCCAGCAUCUCUAACGAUCCCAUGAACAAUGCCACAGAUGACCCAGUUGACCCCAACCCUCCGGACUCUCUGGUGUCAUAACUGGGAGGACACGUGUCCACUGGGUGUUGUGGGAACUGAUGGAUUCACCCUCAGCUGCUAAUGCCUGCCAGCAGUAUUUUAGAUCUGAACAAUGUUAAAUAUUUGAAGGGUCAUCUGACCUCAAAGGGUGUGGUGAAUCAUACAAAUAUCCCUUUAAAUGCAAAGUGUUGAUUGGACGUUGGCUUACAUGACAGACUCAUAUCCCUAUUGAACUGGACAGAGGUCAUCAUUGGAUAAAUGACCAUUUUAGACCAUCACAGCCUAGUUUCAUGACUGAUAACUAACACCUAAAUAAUCCUAUUUUACUUGCAAAGUGCCACUAUGAACAAUGGAAUAAAUGGGGAGUCGCUCACUUUUUUGUGUUCUGGAAAUUCAUUUUUUCAUAGGAAACAUUUGAUUUCUCAGGUGCUCUCAGGGAUAAUGUUGAUUACAGUGGAUUUUUUUUUGUUAUGCUAAGUCAGCUAUAUCCUUGAGAUAAAACAAUUUCUACCUGCUGCUCAUGGAGUAGCACUUAUUAUCAACAGAUGGUGUUUGGAUUUCAGAAUGGGAUCUUUUGUAUGGAAUUUUAUUUAAAAAUAAAUUGUAAUUAGCAA